GGCACCCUCGGCAUGAAGCGCUUGUCCUGUGAGCCCCGGGCAGCCCUCGCUGUGCUCUGCCUCGCCGCUGCCCUCUGGGAUUCCUGCUCUGCAGCAGCUGAAGACAUCUCCAAUGUUUCAACAACUGAGUAUGAACCAUCGUGUCUUAAUGUGAACUUCUGCAGGCAGGCAGCCACGUGCUGCCCCUCAGGCAUGGAUGACUACGGGUGGAUCGCAGCGGCCGUCGGCUGGAGCCUCUGGUUCCUCACCCUCAUCCUGCUCUGCAUGGACAAGAUCAUGAAGCUCAGGCCUGACGAACCCAAAUACUUGGUGGCCUGAAGCAGAGCGAGCCAGAAAACAGCAGCACUGGGCAGACUGACAGAGCAUUUCAAAUAUUUGCUGAGAAACAAAAGGGAAAGGGAAAACACCUCCAGCCCAAAAAGGCCAGAUCCAGGCAGGGCAGCUGCUGAGGCUUCACCCUCUCUGGCAGGCUGGAGCUGCCAGCCAAGGUGUGGAGCAGGCAAGUCCCUGAAAGCCACCACGUACCUGCCACAGUACAAAACCCCCACUUGUCCCUGAGCCCUCUCAUGCUUGCUGUGAGCACAGCAGCGAGAGGCUGAGGGACCAGUGACCAGCCUAUAGCACAUAGCCUUUGGGUUUUACACAGAAACUUGGCAAAUAAAGCUAUUUUCUGGAGCAGCAACAUUACCAGAGCCAUUACUAAGCUAUAGGCCAGGUCACAUCAAUAAGUGGAAGCAAUUAAUUGACUUUACUGAAGCCUUUUCACUCACUAACCUGUGAUAUUUAAAAGUCUAUAA